AAAAUAAUUUUUAAGAACAUAGAUACAUGAUGUGAAAAUGUUUUGUCCUGAGAAAUAUAUAUCAAGAAUACCAAAAAAUUGUGUUAACGCAUGUGGAAGAAUAUCUCAAAAACGUUUUGUAAUAAACGCGGAAAAAUAUGAAUGCCUACUCAAAUCCCAUCUAUUUGAAAAACGAAUUAUUACAGAAGAGUGUCCACCAUGCUCUUGCACUGCUUAUCAUUAGAAUAGUAGAAUAGAAUGAUAUACUAAUGGAUGAAAAAUAUAUAUAACUGAUAUACAAUUUAUGAAUUUAAUACAUAACAACAAACCAGAGUAUACUGAGUAACUAAUAAUUACAUCGCUACAAUAUAAUAGUUAUUACUGUGAGGUUGAAUUCCCUGUCAUUUUUUCAUCAUCCACACUCAAACUCAGAAAAAAAUAUAAAUAUGUACCGUAACCUAACUUUCAGGUAUAGAGAUGUGAUUUUUUUUUCCUGAGACAAUAUAUUAGGAAAGGUAUAAAUCGAACGUGUUUGUUAUAUAAAAAAAUACGGAGAUGUGGUAUGAUUGCCAAUCAGACAACUAUCCAUCAUCCAUAGGUAAAUUAGUAAAUAGUGUGAGAUACUAAACAUGUUGAUUCUUCUGCACUUGAUGUUCUAAAUAAAUCCACCUUAAAUAUCUUUCCAAAUUUAACAUAAAAAAUUCUCGAGUAAUUAACCACCAUGCAUCAUUUAAUUGAUGAAACACAGACAUAAACAUGAUUGAUAAUUACUUUUUAAAAAUGUAUUGGACACAUAUAAUGCAUCACACCAAACACAUAAUCUAUUUAAACAAAAAAAAACAUCUUGAUAUAAAUUCUUGAAUAUCACCAUCCGUUUCAUUUGACAGCAAGAUUGCGAUAGAAACACAGCUAAAAUGAAGACCUUCUUGCUUGCAGUAGUUUUCUGUGCUUGUUUGGCUGUAACCUCAGGACAAAAUUUAUUAGGAUCCCUUAUAGGUCUUGGUAUCGCGAGUCAACUUUUAGGAGGUGGAAAUUUUUUUGGCGGAGGUAAUAAUUUUAAUGGUGGUAACAGAGGAGGAGAAAAUGUCCUGUUAGUUGAACGUGAUAAUGGUGGAUUUGAUGGUGAAUUUGAUCGUGGCUUUGGAGGUGGAUUCCCUCGUGCUGGAUUUGGUCAACCAUUCUAUGCACAAGAUUACGGUUAUGGUGGAUAUAAUGAUUAUUGGUAACAUCAUCCAGCUAGUAAAUAAUCAUUUGAAGUCUUCAGAAGUCACAUUAAAUCAUCACAAGAAUAAAACAUUUGUCUUUCACUUAUAUCAAAAAUAAAUCAA